CCUCAAACUCGCGCAGUUUCAACAUCACGGAGCCAACCUCACCCGCUUUCAGCUCAUCGACAAGAAAAGCGAGGCUAUGCGAAUCUUUUUCGAGCAGGACAAAUGGAAAUAUCUUGAUAGAACUUUCUGGAUAGGCGCCGGAAACACGCGCAUAUCGUACGCAUCCGCGCUCAUGUACGAUACCGUGAAAGUCAUAAUAGAGGCUUACACGGAAAUGAUACGUCAGAAACCGGAGAGGUUUCAGAAAAACUUCCGACGCAACGAGAUGUAUAAUCAGGACAGUAAGGGAAUCUACUGUCGUAGGUCGGAGGUGAUUCCGUGGGAGAGAGGCGAGAAAAUCCUCAGGUUCUUAAAAAAUGUAACAAUUCCUAACGGGCUGACAGGACCUAUACAGUUUGAUUCGAAAGGACGGCGGACAAAUUACCACUUGGACGUUUGGGAAUUUACGCUAAAAGAUAAUAUGGAUUUAAGAGAUCCACCUUACCUUACGGUGGACGAAGAGAAGCUCACUGCCUCGGGCAAUGAACGCUACACUGGCUUCUGCAUGGACCUUGUAAAGAGGGUAGCCAGCAAGAUUAAUUUCAAAUUCAAAGUAGAGGUCGUGAAAGAUGGAACGUACGGAAAGGCUUCCGGCGAUGGAACGUGGAGCGGCAUGAUCGGAGAGUUGAUUCGUGACGAAGCCGAUCUGGCGGUGGCGCCGCUGACGAUAACGUCGGCACGGGAACGCGUCAUCGACUUCUCGAAGCCGUUCAUGAAUCUCGGCAUCAGCAUCAUGAUAAAAAAACCGGAGAAGCAGAAGCCUGGCGUGUUCUCGUUUAUGAACCCGCUCUCCUACAAGAUCUGGAUGUGCAUUAUAUUCGCCUUGAUCGGCGUCAGCAUAGUUCUGUUUCUCGUGUCGCGCUUUAAUCCGUACGAAUGGCGCGUGGAAUACGUCGGCAACCAGCCGGUGGCCGUCAACGACUUUAAUAUUUCAAAUAGCCUGUGGUUUUCCCUGGGUGCCUUUAUGCAGCAAGGAUGUGAUAUUUCCCCAAGGUUGACGUCAAAACUAGGGGUUUACCAAACAAUGUGGCAGUACAUGGAGACGCAAAAACCAUCGGUGUUUGUCUUCAAGAACAGCGAGGGAGUCAAACGCGUGCGCCAGUCGAAAGGCAAGUACGCGUUUUUGCUGGAGUCGACUACGAACGACUACAUCAAUAACCGCAAGCCGUGCGACACGAUGAAAGUCGGAGAGAACUUAGACUCUAAAGGCUACGGCAUAGCGACUCCGCUCCGCUCAGAUUUAAGGGAGCAGAUCACGUGGGCCGUACUGAAGCUGCGGGAGGACGGGGAGCUGCAGACGAUGGAGAACACGUGGUGGUACGACAAGGGCGAGUGCGGUGGCGCCGACACGAAGGACGCGUCACAGAGCGAGCUGACGCUCUCAAACGUCGCCGGCAUCUUCUAUAUCCUCAUAGGCGGUCUCGUCCUUUCCAUGAUCACGGCCGUGCUCGAGUUUUUCUACAGAUCGCGCGUUGAGGCCCGCCAGAAUAAGCAAAGCCUAACGUCAGCCAUGCGGCAAAAGAUGCGCAUGUCCAUUGAAGGAAACCCAGAAGGCGAAAAUGGCAGGAUUUCCACAACGGUGAGCGACGCACCGAACUACUUCGGCAGUCCCUCGCAAAUGGUCAGUGCGGAUGGAAUGCCCGAUACAAUGCCAUACCACGGGUAUACUCACACACAAGUAUAGAGUCCUGUCGUCAAUGCAAUACGGAUGAACACGAAGCAUCGCAGUUACCUGACAGAUACGAAAGAAUACAGAAAGCUUAGUUAAAGUAAAGAAAAGUGAGAAGCCAAAAAUUGGAGAUUAGAAUAAAACGAAGAAGAAAAAUAAGAAGAUAACGUGAAAUAAUAUCACGGAGAAUAAGAUCGAGAUCGCGAAGGCGAAGAAUGAGAUUAUGAAAGAGUAGGGUGACGAAAAAAUGAAAAGAUAAGUUGAAGAAUAGGCAUAUAAAUUGAUGAUGAAACAGACGAGGUGGAGGAAGAAGAAGGGGAAGACGAAAAAUAAGAUGAAGAAGAAGAAUAAGAAAGGAGAAGAAAGGAGGAGAAA